UAUGGCUGCCUACACACGUAAACAUGCGACUUGAACUGUUGCGUGCUAGCUUUGUCUUAAAUAAACCCUUGUUAAGACUUGUGUAAACCAUUUACCGGGUGCAUACUGCACUUAGCCAAUCAUUCGGAAAACAGUUCACUGGGAAGUCAACGCUCGAGAGCCAUGGCCGCGCAGACCAUCUUUGUCCGAUCGCUGCCGCAGGGAGCAACAAAUGAACGGUUGGAGGAGAUUUUCUCGGAGAUUGGACCUGUCAAGCAAUGCUUCGUUGUCAAAGAGAAAGGAACAGACAAGUGUCGUGGCUUCGGCUAUGUCACGUACUCCAUGGAAGACGAUGCUCAGCGAGCUUUGAAGGAAAUCAGAGACUACGAUGGACGCAAGUUGAGCCUGUCCGUGGCCAAGAAGAAAAUCCGGGACAAAAAGAAAGCGGCACCCACAGAACCAGAUGGAGAAUCCAAGGAAAUUGAGCCUAAAUCCAAAGGCUUUAGAAAAAAGACUCUUAAAUCCCGGCUUAUUAUCAGAAACCUGAGUUUUAAGUGUUCUGAAGAUGACCUGAAAAAUGUUUUUUCCAAGUUUGGGACGGUGGUUGAAGCCAAAAUCCCACUGAAGCCUGAUGGAAAGAUGCGAGGGUUUGCUUUCGUCAUGUUUAAGAAUGUUAGCGAGGCGUCACAAGCCCUGAAAGCCAUGAACCUGAAGGAGAUAAAUGGUCGGCAGGUUGCUGUGGACUGGGCUGUGCCAAAGGACAAGUAUGUUGCCACCAACCCGGCAUCCAGUGCAGGCUCCACGAAUAAAGAGGAAGAAGCUUCAAAACCAGGGGAUAAAGACAAUGACACUGAAGAUGAGGAAGUUAUUGUGAAGAAGCAAGAAUCCUCACAAAAGACAAAGGCGCCUUCGACAGCUUCUUUGAAGUCGGUGAAAGAACAAAAAAAAGAAGAACCUCAAUCUGAGGAAGAUGAGGAGGAGGAGGAGGAGGAAGAAGAUGAUGAUGAUGAUGAUGAUGAUGAAGAUGAGGAGGACGAAGAUGACCCUGUCAUUGAUGAGGAAGAAGAGGAUGAAGAGCUUGAGGGGAAGAAAGAUGCUGAUGAUACCGAUGAGGAUGAGGAUGAUGAUGAUGAUGAUGAUGAUGAUGAUGGCGAUGACGAAGACGAAGAACUGGAAUUAAGUCCUAAGACAGGUCCAAAAAAGACUGUUCUUCCAUCAGACGUGAAAGAAGGAAGAACCGUGUUCAUCAGGAAUCUCUCAUUUGACACUGAGGAAGAAGGCCUGGAGGAAGUUCUGCUGCAGUUUGGGGAAAUGAAUUACAUCAAGAUAGUUCUGCAUCCUGAUACAGAACAUUCCAAAGGUUGUGCAUUCGCACAGUUUAAAACAAAAGAGUCAGCAGACAAAUGCAUUGCUGCGUCUCAGGAUGAAGGACAGAGCGGUGGAAUCCGUGUUGAUGGCAGGAAGCUCUUCGUCGUGGCUGCUGUCACCAGAGAAGACGCCGUCAAGUUGAAAGUGGACAAAAAGAAAGUGGAGUCAGGAACGAGAAACCUUUUCCUCGCCAGAGAAGGAUUAAUUCGUGCUGGAACCAAGGCAGCUGAAGGAGUUUCAGAAGCAGACAUGGCUAAAAGAGCUCGGUUUGAGGAAGUGAAACGGACCAAACUUCGGGAUCAGAGCAUCUUUGUGUCCAAGACUCGACUCUGCAUCCAUAACCUUCCAAAGUCGGUCGACCAGAAAAAGUUCAGAACUUUGUGUCUUCAGCCUUUUAAGGGAAACAAGAGGGUGCGAAUUGUAGAGUGCCGAGUCAUGUAUGACAAGAAGCCACAGAAAGGUCAGGUGAUGGGACACUCGUUGGGUUACGGUUUCGUCCAGUUCCAGGAGCACGAAGAUGCACUUGCUGCACUCCGUUACCUAAACAACAACCCUGAUAUCUUCAGCGAGCAAAAGAGGCCCAUUGUGGAGUUUUCACUGGAGGAUCUGCGAAAGCUGAAAAUAAAAGAAAUGCGACAGCAAAAAAACAAAGAACAUUUGAAAAGGCAGUUGGAGAAAGUGGGAGUUAAACCGCAGAUGUCUGGUGGUGGAAGAGGAUUCAACAAAGGUGGCUCAAGUGCACAAGUAACAGGUCAACCGACUGGCAAACGGAAAGGCGUGCAGCAACAGCAGGGAGACGCCAAGUAUUCUGGUUUCCAGACCAAACCUGAGGUGGAGUAUGUGGAGUUGGGUGAUGGGAAGAAGAGGAAGAAGGUUUUGCCGCUGCCUUCUCACCAUGGACCCAAGAACAGAAUGCGUGACAGAGGAAAGCAACAGGCGCCGGCGGCCAAGAAAUCAAGACCCGGCCAGAGCAGGAAGGACCGUCAGAGACGGCAAAUGGAGAAACCAACACAGCCCAGGAAUCAGGUGCGAGUGAUGAAGCCCACCAAGAGGAGGGGCGGCGACCGCUUCGACUCGCUCGUGGAGCAGUACAAGAAGAAGCUGAUGGCCAACAGUGAGGGCAACUCCAUCAGAAGAAGCAAGUGGUUCGACAGCUGAUUUUGUUUUUAUGCUCUGACAUAUUUUCUUUGUUGUACCACAAGUGGUGCUUUUUCUGUGAUAAAUGAAUGAGUUCAUGUUUUUAUUAAAGCGCCUGAUGACCAAGCAGAACUCUGUUUUACUUUUGCCAGUCGAGUGCACUCACUGACUGGUUUCUCAACCGAGCACAGGCAGGUCACAGAAGGUAAGACCUCUGUUUGUGCCACUGGAUAAACACUAAGUCAGCCUUGGAUGCAGCUGAAUCAACAGCAGCACCUACAGACAAAGUCAAUUUGUGAUUCGUGAUUGUAUUUGUUCUAGAGUCGGGAUUGAGGUCAAAUACAUGUAAAAGUACACGCACCCACAGCUCUGAUCGAUUUCUACAAAAGUGCUUCAUUUAUUUAUUUCUUUACAGCCUGGUUUAAAAAAAAAAUAAACAUGUCUCAGCAUGUGUUUAUAAAAGUUUCCAUUACGCACAAAAUACAACAUUUCUUUGAAAAUAAAUGAUGAAUUUAAAGGAUUCUUUGAAGGAGAGUUGGACUUUGUACUUCCUGUGCACCGUGUGAACAAAUCUUUGGCCUUCCUGACGUAACAAUGAACACAGAUGAGUCACUUUGUUGGUGGAAAUGUCAUUCUGAACUAUAUACAGCACAAGUGUUUUUUUUCUUUUCUGUAAAUUGAAUAAAUACAUGAAUAUUGAUAGAGACGAAAAGCUCUUUUUUUACAUGUGAAGCUACA